AUGUCAAAUAGUAAUGACUCAUGCACUAAUAAUGGUUCAAAAAUUCAGUUAAACCUAAAUGAAAAACAAAUGGAUAAAAGAAUUGAAAGUAAUAAUAACCUAAAGAAUUAUGAAAUUAAUAUUUCACUACAUUCAUUAAACUACGCCGUUAGUCAACACCUUCCAUCUAUUCAUAUCAAUUGUUCACCUAAACUAACAGACCAUCAGAAAGGAAAGGAUAUAGUAAAGGCUCUGUUCACAUAUAUUGAAAAAGAUUUUCGUAAACUAAAUAAACAUUAUAUUAUGCCGUUGGGCUUUGAAUAUUGGUUUAUCAACAAGAAUGGAAAUUUAACAUGUUAUACAAGACAUACUGAACUUUUUGUUUAUUUAUGUGAAUCUCUUAAUUAUCCAUCAAUAUUAUUAUCAACUGAUAUAUCACCUACUCGACCCAAACAUUUACCAUGUUAUCACACAUUAUUAUUAAAAUAUGUUCCUAAUGAGAUUACUCUUGACGGAAUUAACAAUGAACUUGGUUCAUAUAUUAGUUCUAUAUACAAUUUAGAAGAAAUGAUUGGUUCAAUAACAGAUAAAGCUCGACACGUACGAAUAGAAGUAAAAUCAAUUGUAGAAUAUGAUCAAUUAAUUCAGAAAGGUGCAAUUACACUUGAUGGUCGUUUGAUUGAAUUACAAGAAUUUUUAGCUCCACCUCGAAUUCUUAUAUGUUCGAAAUGUAACAACCCAGGCCAUAUCCGAAAGAAUUGUAGUCUCGACUACGAUUCUUGCCGUAGGUGUGGUCAGGACAGAUCGGUAGGUGAUCACAAGGAAUGUUCAAUAAACUGUCAUAGACGUAAAAAGGAUCACAUGGCUACAGACUUCAAGUGUCCUUUUCUGGUAGAAUAUAGACGUUCGUUGAUCUAUCAAUUGAAGCAAAAACCGCAUUUAUUACCUCCAAAUUUACAACUUUUUAUUCCAACAGAAUGUCGUGAACGUAGUGGUAGGAAUAAUCAAUUCAUAAUAAAUCCAAUAUCGAAGACAAAUAAUAAUACAUAUAAUAAUAUAUUAAAAAACCAAAAUCAACAACAAUUACCAUUCAAUAUUAACUCACACAAUUGGCCAACAUUGAAGAAACAACAAAUCAAUGAUAAUAUUAGUUCUUCAUCGGAAAAAUCAAUAUGGAACGAACUAAAAAAUAAACAAAUGGAAAUUGAGAAUUUAAAAAAUGAAUUAGAUAAAAAAAUUCAAAAUUGCCAACUAAAUUACAAUGAAAAUAUAAAAAAAUUAAAAUCAGUAUUGUUGAUAAUUUCAGCUCAAACAAAAUAUCAAAAUGAAAAUAUUGAAAGAUGUCAAACUGCAUUAAAUGAAUUUAUUUCUUUAUCAUCUUCAUCUCUCAAUGCUUUACAACAACUUACAUUUAAACAUAUCACAACUAAUAUGAAUGAUCAAAACAGCGAAGAACAUCAAAAAAUUCUACAACAGAUUUCUAAAUCAAUUGAAUUAAUGCAAGAGCGUAACAAUUUACUUAUAUCAAAUAAAAAAUCUCUCAACAUUCUCAUCGAACAACAAGGUCAGCUUUUAUUUCAAGCAGUAAACAGUCUAACAUUAAAUGAUGAAUAA